AACGCACCAAUGAGCUCGCAGACGACCUAACCUCUCGUCGAGCUUUGCGUGAACUUGCACAAAUACGAGCGUUGGAGCGAUGAGAAUCUGAAUACGAGGUUAUAUUCGAUAAUCAAGAGAGAGAAUCCCGGCCCGUCAGUUAACACGCAUCGUCAACAUCGUGAUCGUUGCCGAACAAGAGCAGGACAAACGAAAGGAACAAUGGGCGUGCCGACUGGCAGAAACGUCGAGGCGAUGGACGUGGACCCCGUGAAUCCCGCAAACGCACCAGACGCCCAGAGCGGCGACGGUGACGGCGCGGGCGAGCGCAAGGACACCGACGUGCAGACCCUGUACGACAUUCGCGAGCACACCCGGCAGAUCGAGAAGGCCGUCCAGAACAAGGAACCGCGCUUCGUGUUGCGCGCUCUACGCGCCCUACCCAACACCCGUCGUCGUCUUAAUCCGGUCGUGUUGCGCGGCCUCGUCACGGGCUUCUACACCAGAUCCGCCGCCGAGCGCGACGCCCUGCUCGGCUGGGUGGAGGAGCCGAUGGACGUCGACGACAAUCAGACCGUCGUUCAAAAGUUCCGCAGCUCCUCGUCGUCGCUACUGCCCGAGAUCGACGCUUACAUUCACCUGUUGGUGUUGAUCCGGCUCAUCGACACUAGGAAGUACAACGAAGCGGUACAGUGCUCCGAGCUGCUGGUUCAGAAGAUCGCAGCCCAGAAUCGCAGAACCAUAGAUCUCAUCGCGGCCAAGUGCUACUUCUAUCACUCCCGCGCGUACGAGCUGACGAAUCAGCUGGACAAGAUACGCGGUUUUCUGCAUCUUCGUCUGCGCACCGCGACUCUGCGUAACGAUUUCGAGGGUCAGGCAGUUCUGAUUAAUUGCCUGCUACGUAACUAUUUGCACUAUAAUCUCUACGAUCAAGCGGACAAGCUGGUGCUGAAAUCGACCUUUCCCGAAUCGGCCAGCAACAACGAAUGGGCCAGAUUUCUUUACUAUCUCGGUAGGAUAAAGGCCGCCAGAUUAGAGUACUCGGCCGCGCACAAGUAUCUCGUGCAAGCGAUGCGCAAGGCGCCGCAGACUACAGCUGUCGGAUUCAGACAAACGGUUCAGAAACUGGCGGUCGCUGUGGAGCUUCUUCUAGGCGACAUUCCGGAGAGACAGAUAUUCCGACAGGCCGCUCUACGAAGAGCCCUAGGUCCGUAUUUUCAGUUGACGCAGGCUGUACGUCUGGGCAAUCUACAGCGGUUCGGUGAAGUAUUGGAGAACUUUGGGCCGCAGUUUCGCGCGGAUCAUACCUUCACGCUGAUCUUGCGGUUGCGGCACAACGUCAUCAAAACCGCGAUCCGCUCCAUCGGACUCUCCUACUCGCGCAUCUCGCCAACCGACAUAGCCCGCAAAUUGGGAUUGGAUUCUAGCGUAGACGCGGAAUUCAUCGUCGCGAAAGCGAUUCGCGAUGGAGUCAUCGAGGCUACCCUGGAUCCAGAAAAUGGCUACAUGCGUAGUAAGGAGACUACAGAUAUUUACUGCACUAAGGAACCGCUGCUGGCCUUCCAUCAGAGAAUCACUUUCUGUCUGGAUCUGCACAAUCAGAGCGUCAAGGCGAUGCGUUACCCGCCUAAGUCAUACGGGAAGGACUUGGAGUCCGCCGAAGAACGUAGCUUGGAACUGGCCAAAGAAAUGGCCGAGGAGGACGAUGACGGUUUUCCUUGAAUUCACGACGUUUGGAGAUAAUACGAGAAAUUAGAUAACAUCUAGACCGAGCAAUGAGGACUAAGACAUCGCUGUAAUGUUUAUAUAAUGCUUGCAUUCAUGACCUCGCCUUCAUGGAUGUUAGUGCUGAUAUAAUGACUUUCAAGAAAUAAAAUAUAAGUUAUAUAUAUACGAUAAAAGUCUAAGUACAGUAUAUGAAAUAAAAAAGAUAAACAAUAUUACAAUUGAAUUAAUAAA